AUGGGUCGCGCCGCUCGCUGGGGCGUCAACGUGACGGCGCUGGACGCGGAGACGCAGCUGGUGGACCUCGGCGGCCCGCCCGGGCGGGCGAGGGUGCCCGAGGGGCUGCUGGAGGAGCUGCAGGGGAAGCUGGCCGGCCUCGCCGAGGGCGAGAGGCUGGUGGCUACGCUGGUGGGGCCGGACGGGAUGCCGAUCCUGCAGGCCGCCGAGGACGGCGGGGAGGCGGAGCCCGCCGCGAGCGGCGACGCCCAGGGCGAGGCCGCCGAGGGCGAGGCCGCCGAGGGCGAGGCCGCGGCCCCCGAGGAGCGGUUGCCCACGCUCGCCGAGCUCCGCGUCGUCGCCCCGCCGCCCCCCGAGGGGGAGGCGGCAGCUGCUGAGGACCCGUGA